AUGCGCACAGCGACUGAGUCUCCCGCACACAUUACUUCGGGAUUCUACAAGAUCGAGGCUGGUCCCGAGAGACCUGCGACAUACACUUACGAGGAGACGAAGUAUGUCCUCAGUGGAGAGAUUGAUGUCUUCGAUGAGGCUACCGGAAUCACCCACAAUCUUGUCGCAGGUGACUUUGCCUUCUUCUUCGUUGGCUCCAAGGUCAAGUUCUCGACCAAGUCCAAGGGAACUGCUUUCUAUGCUGUUACUCGGCCGGUUGCGGUUGCUCACCCUACUCUCAAGGUCAUUGAGGAUAAGGCUAGCUUGUGA